AGGAGAUGGGCGGCGGAACGGGGGACAGAGCGCAGGGACGGGCCUGGAAGGUGGAGGCGGAGUGAGCGACGCUCAAGGGAGCCGCGUUGUGGAGAGUGAUCGCGACCGUCCAUCUGUCCGUCACCACCCCCUCGCAGCUGUCGAGGGCCGGUGGGCAGAGACGGGGGCAGCCCUGGCGACAAUGGAGAGGGAGCCGGAGCGCGGAGCCAUGGCUGAGACCGCCAGCUCUUCAGCCACCAUCACCGAGACGGUGGACAGCACGCAGCCCGCCCCAACCGAGAACCGCAGCAUCACCAUCCGCCUGAGGAAGCGGAAAACAAACAAGAAGGUGGAGUGGUCCAGUGACACUGUGGACAACGAGCAUCUGGGCCGUCGCUCCUCCAAGUGUUGCUGCAUUUACGAGAAGCCUCGAGCGUUCGGGGAGAGCAGCUCGGAGAGCGAAGAGGAGAACGGCGGCUGCGGCAACGCUCACUGCCUGCGGGGCCACAAGAAGCCCUUCCCGGGAGCUGCUAGUGCGGGGCCCGCUGGCGGGGGGGCCAGCAGCAAGCCCGGGGGUCCCCCCGACAAACCCCACCCCCCAGAGCCGGCCCACAGCCCCAAACACCCCACCCUCCGGCACCCCCACCUGCCCCACAAAUGACCCGGCGGCAGAGGCACUGGGGAGGGGGGAAGGGGGGGGGGACGCAUCACCAUCCCCCUGGACCACCCACUCCCCUCCCUCCCUCGCACCUCCCCUCACCCCCUCCCUCAACCGCCCUGCGACCCCCAGCAAGUCUGCCC